GCAGGUUUCAAAGAUGGCGGCCAAGUUAGCCUUCCAGUUGUUAUAGAGUUCACUGGAGUGAAUAUUUUCUGUGCAAACUCAAUAUAGGCAGCUUCAAAAGUCAGAAAGAAACUAUUUAGUGAGAUUUAUCAUGGGGAACAUUGUUUCCCAAGACCGGAACAACUCGUCUUUUUUAAAGGUUGAGGAGAAGUUGCCGGUCUUUUAUCAGGAUUCAAAAAUUAUAACCCGGAACGACAAUGGACAGGAAACAUUUAGACUUUAUUACGUUUCAUUAAACCAUUACGAAGCAGUGCUGUACCAUGCAGAGGAAAGAGCGGAUUGUCUAAGUUUAUUCAGGAUUGAAGAUGAGGAAAAAGCAAGAGAAAUGUUUGGGAAGCUAUGUGAGCAACUCACACCUUUCUAUCAAUCAUCAUCAAGGUGUUACGACACUCAGACAUUGCAAUCCUUGCUCAACUGCCUUGAGGAAAAUCCUGGUAUGAAUCUUUCAGUUGUUGCAAGGAAAACUGGUCUCACAGAAUGUCUAAAGCAUGAGAAAAUUAGAGCAAGUAUGGAGAUUGUUGAUGCCACAGAUUCAGGUGAUAAUGGUGAUAAGACUCUCUUGCAAUGGGCUAAGUUUGGUUUCAAGGGACAGAUUGACAACGUUGUGGAAGGAGUAGGCAUAAGCUCACUUACUCAAGAAGAUGAUAAAGGCAACACAGUUAUGCAUUAUGCUGUAAGCCAACCAGAAUUACUUGAUAAAUUAUUGCUUCGAGCAACUGAGCUUGGUGCUCAGGUAGUGAACAGUGUAAACAGUUCAGAAGAGACACCACUACAUUUUGCAUGUGUGAUUAAUAAUGCAAAAGGUCUACAGUUGCUACUUGAACAUGGUGCUGAUCUGAAAGUUAAGAGUAAACACAUGUUUCCUGUUCAUGCUGCAGUGAAGUUCAAUAGUGAUGAGUGCAUUAAGACGAUACUCAAGUUUGAUAAAGAUUGCACAACUUUUAAAGAUUCUAAAUAUGGAGGAACACCCUUACAUUGGGUUAAAACUAGAAAGAUUGCAGAAUUAUUAAUUAUGAGUGAAGCAGAUAUUGAAGCCGGUAACAACGAAGGUGAGACUCCUCUCCACAUCAUGGUGAAAAGAAAAAGACAAUCUUCAGUUGUAUGUUUGUUGUCACAUGGAGCAGAUGUGAAUGCUCUAGGAAUGAGCAAUGAAACGCCAUUGCAUAUCGCCGUAAAGGUUGGAGAUGUACAUAUUGUAAAAACAUUGAUAGUAUUCGGUGCUGACAUAAAUGCCGUGAACAGCAAGGGUGAAACACCACUUCAUAUAGCGACAGCAUCAAAAAGUCUUUUUAGAAAUGCUAUUAUACAUUCUCUAUGUCUCGUAGGAGCUGCUCCUUGCGAUGCUCCUUUCAUACCUUCAAAAUAUCCAGUCGGUAAAAAGCCUGGGAACGAACUGUCUCAGGCUCGUGAUGACACCCCCAUUAUACUGGACGACAUCGCGAAAAUUAUGGCAUCUGGUGCCCAGGCCAACGUGAAAUACAAACGGUCUGGAUCAGGCAAGAAUGAAAACGAUGGAGAAUCGAUGAUGAAGAAGAAAAGGAAAAGUGAUAGUGCAUUGUGCUUAGAUGGUGGCGGUAUUCGCGGCCUCAUUCUCAUUCAAGUCUUGUUGAAUCUUGAACGUGUUGCUAUGCAACCGAUUGUUAAGCUGUUCGAUUGGAUAGCGGGUACAAGUACCGGUGGUAUACUUGCAUUGGGGUUGUUAAAUGGUAGUUCGAUGGCAUAUCUACAGCAACUUUACUUUCGUUUCAAAGACGAAGUGUUCGUCGGCUCUCGUCCUUAUCCUUCGGAGCCGCUCGAGAAAUUCCUUCGGCAGGAAUUUGGCGUCGAUACUAAAAUGACAAGCGUCAACUACCCAAGAGUCCUUGCAACUGCUGCUGUUUCUGACAGAAUACCACCAGCUCUUCAUCUGUUUCGUAAUUUUUCCAUUCCCGAAGACGACGAAGAAGAACAAAAACCAAACUCUCCGUUUCCCCCUGUAUCAAAACCUGCAGAUCAACUGAUGUGGCGUGCGGCGCGUGGGACUGGUGCUGCUCCGACUUACUUUCGGGCCAUGGGACGCAUGCUUGAUGGAGGCUUAAUCGCCAACAAUCCGACACUUGAUCUAAUAUCAUUCGUGCAUUCUUUCUAUAAGAGAGCGGAACCACAGAAACCAAAUCACGAAACUUGUCACAAAAUCGGUCUCGUGUUCUCGGUGGGAACCGGUAAGCCACCGGAUGUGCCCGUCAAAAACAUCGACGUGCUUCGGCCGACGUCUAUGAGUGACUUGGCGAAAGUUGCCUUCGGAGCUCAAGCUUUGGCUGAAAUUCUUGUUGAACAAGCAACCUCAUGCGUUGGUGCUGUAGUUGACCGCGCAGCGGCAUGGUGCGAGAUGAUAAAUGUGCUCUACCAUCGCAUAAAUCCAAGGAUAUUCUCAGAUGUUCCCCUGGAUACGAAAGACGAUCAACUACUGGUUAACAUGUUGUGGGAAUGUCAAGUUUACAUAUUCGAACACAGACAUAUCAUCAAAGAACUUGCAGAUCACCUGACGUGAUGUUUAGACGGAAUAUAUUUAGAGUUUUUAUUACUACAGAAUAAUUAUAGAUAUAGUUGCCAAAUUUUAUAACAGGGGGGCUGUCUGAUUUAAAUUACCACUGCUGCUGGUUCUCAAAUAUAUAUUUUUUCUACUAACGCAGGACAUAAAAUUGUAACAAAGGAGGCUGACCCACCCCUCCCCCUCUACAAUGAACUCCUGAAAAACCUAUAAUUCCUUACUUGUCAAAUAUGCUCAUAGCCAUUAUUUUUUCAGUUGUGAGUGCAACAAAAGGCUGAUUGACACAGGUUUUCGCGCGGAAUGACUGAUAACCCGCUUGAUUGGUAGGUGAUGUCGUCAUUUAACGACAACCGAUCACAUUGCAAAUUUAAUGUAGCCAAUAAAAAAUGAAUCGAACAUAGGCUUAUUACUAAUCAAUAUCUUAUUGUAUUAGAUGUACCAAAAAGAUUUUUAGCCAGUGUUCAAAAUACUAAAAAAUAUGAAAAACACCUUAUAUAUCGUAACAAGUUUCCAAAAUGAAUCAGUAGUUGUUUAUCGUAAAGGAGAUACUUCAUGUAUUACACUAGUGUGAGGAAGUAUACAAGUGUGACUACUUCCUUGAGGUAAGACACGGACCACGAAAAGAAACAUGUUACUGCAACCAAAAUGUAAUGUGGUGGCAAAAUGCUUCAUUUAAAGCUACUAAGAUACGUUUCUGACGGCCCACACCCGAGAUGUGUUGUCAGACGAGUAAACUUUCGACAAGUUAAAUCGUCAACUUCAAUGUGCUUAAAAUGGUUGCAGAAUGUAAAUGAUGCUUCUAAGGCAUGGUCUCAUCCCAAAAUCUCUAGUUUGUACGAAAAGACUCGUCCAGAUUACAAUCUGGAUUCGGUGAAAUAUCUUUUGGAAAAAGUAGGCGCUUUAAAGAAACAUUCUGAUCUUGAACCUUUCACCAUUGUUGAACUUGGUGCAGGUACUGGCAAAUUUACAAGAGCCGUUCUCAAAGUUUUAAAACAACAUAAUGUGGAAAAUUUCAAAAUCAUCUCGACGGAACCACUAAAAUCAAUGUGUGAUAAAUUCAAAGAAAUGGUACCUGAAGUUGAAAUAAUACAAUGCUCUGCAAGUGAUUUAUCAGAUUUUCCUGAUCACAUGAUAGAUACAGUAUUAGCAGCUCAAUGCUUCCAUUGGCUUUACUCUGAAGAAAAAGCAAUCAAGGAAAUCCACCGAAUUUUGAAGCCACUCGGAACUUUGGGUCUCAUAUUUUAUUAUCCUGAUCGAUCUGUUCCAUGGAUCAGAAGUAUUGAAGAAAUGCUCGAUCCCAAAUAUACGGCGGUCGGACAAAUUAAUACUUACGAUGAAAAAAUCCUUACUCCUUUGCUCAAUGUUGGGUUUUGUGAGGUAGCAUCUGAUGUUUCUGCAUUUAUGUGUUGUCAAGAGCUCGACAGAAAAGACCUUAUGGAGAGAUACAAAACAAAGAGUGUUGUUUCUGCUUCAAAUCAAGAUGAAAAAAUGAGAAUACUGGAAGCCAUCGAAGAAAUAUUGACAACAAAUGCGAACACGAAGUAUGAUGGGAAAUAUUUUUUUGAUUAUGUGAUGAAAAUUCACUGCUUUCAAAAGUUUUGAAAAAAAGUGAAUUGCUCUUUAAUACCAUUGGAUUAAAGUGACACGAGGGUCCAUUUAUUAGAAAACUCCUUACAUUUCCAUUUUAUCCCUAGUAAUGGAAAUGACGUCUUGAAAUCAUUUUAUAAAGCAAUCAUUUUGUGGUUUUGAUGACAUGAUGCACACACGUGGUAUUGUUGAUCGAGGUCAAGCAUGUCCAGGAAAGUUCGUCUUUGGCUCAUGUUUCGCUGGCUUUUGAGCAUGGUUUUCAUUUUUUUUUCAGAAAUGUGCAGUUAAAAUGACACUUUUUCUCGCUUGUUAGAAAAAAAAGUGCCGCAGACUCAGAAAAUGUAAAAAGUUAAUUAUAUGCGAUCAAACUUAAAAAGCCUAACCCUGACCCUAACCCGAGUCUUUGGAAACAACAAACAUUUUUAAGUGUUUGCCAGAAAUAUACUGAAGUGAAGUUCCGACGUAAGAAAUGAUGUCAUGUCAUUUGGUAGUUGGAGAAGAGUAACGACCGUCGAAAUUCGUCGAAGCUUUGAACCAUUUCUAACAGUAAUGAUGAAAAGUCCUACAAGGCUACAGAGGCUACGACUCAGCAGUGGCAGAUUACUCAGUACGCUAAGUAUAGACUGAAUCCUACAGGCCCGCCUUUUCCAUAGGCCCGUUGUAUUUAGACAUAGCUUUUACUUUUGCCAUUCCGCACUUGCUAAAUGUUCGACAAUGUUAACUGUACGAUCUUCUGUUUUAAUGCACGAUGCACUGAACUCGUGAAGUAGUGAGUAUCCCAUUCGAACUUUAAAUUUAUUUUUUAUUGUUUACACUACAUGAAUUACAAACAAAAACAGGGAAAGGCAAAAGCAAAGGAGCAUGAGAAAUGCAAACGUCAUCAAGAGAAUGAACUUAUUUGGAGGAAUAAUUAUCACUUAAAGGUCAGCAACUUUGUCUUAACCUACAGGCCCUGUAAUUAGUAAUCCGCCACUGAGGCUCAGCCAGUGUGGUUUCAACUUCAACCAGUCGUUACCAGACCGUUUUUUAGAGCACUUAAGAUUUAUUUAAUUAGUUUAAAAAAGUACGUAAAAGUGUUACUUUGAAAAUUGACACUUAAAAAACCAUGUUUUAUUUUCUUUUUUAAAACAUUUUGUUAUGUAAUAAUAUCAGUUAUCAACAUAAAAUAAAGCAAACCUGUUUGUUUUCGACAA